AGAGACCUUGGCUUCUCUGGGGCUCUACCCUGGGGACUGCCCACAUCUUCUCCCGACUCUGGGGGCAGGGGGGCCACUGCCCCAAGAAACCUCUCCGGCGAUGGAAGCCGCCCGCCUGCUGCCCAACUUCACUCUGUAAGUGCCGGCCUUUCCGACCGACAAACGACAGACAAACGGGAGUUUUGUUGCCACCUCCAGCCUGCGGCAGCCCUAAUCUCACCGGGACUCCCACACGGACUGGCGGGUGGGGCGGGGGCGGCGCCGGUGCGCCCUGGGCUGGCUGCUGGCACCCACACCUGGGUCUGCCUCGUGUCCCCACACAGGUGCCUGCAGCUACUGAUUCUCUGCUGUCAAACUCAGGGGGAGAAUCACCCGUCUCCUAAUUUUAACCAGUACGUGAGGGACCAGGGGGCCAUGACCGACCAGCUGAGCCGGCGGCAGAUCCGUGAGUACCAGCUCUACAGCCGGACCAGCGGCAAGCACGUGCAGGUGACCGGGCGUCGCAUCUCCGCCACCGCUGAAGACGGCAACAAGUUCGGUGAGGCCCAGCCUUCACCUGAGGCCACCCACACCCCUGGCCGGCUUCCCCUGGUUCAUCCCGGAUCUUGUGUCAGGGCCUCCCAUGUUCCCCACCUGAGGUUGGAGGUCAGGUGGGUUGUGGGGGGUGGGGGGCUUCCACUCCCUGGGCUUGCAACCCUCAUAGACAGAAGUCUCUCCCUCAUGACAGCCAAGCUCAUAGUGGAGACGGACACCUUUGGGAGCCGGGUGCGCAUCAAGGGGGCUGAGAGCGAGAAAUACAUCUGCAUGAACAAGAGGGGCAAGCUCAUCGGGAAGCCCAGCGGGAAAAGCAAAGACUGCGUGUUCACGGAGAUUGUGCUGGAGAACAACUACACGGCCUUCCAGAACGCCCGGCACGAGGGCUGGUUCAUGGCCUUCACGCGGCAGGGCCGGCCGCGCCAGGCCUCCCGAAGCCGCCAGAACCAGCGGGAGGCCCACUUCAUCAAGCGCCUGUACGAGGGCCAGCUGCCCUUCCCCAACCAGGUCGAGAGGCAGAAGCAGUUCGAGUUCGUGGGCUCGGCCCCCACCCGCCGGACCAAGCGCACGCGGAGGCCUCAGCCCCGGACGUAGUCAGGGACACCGGGGUGGCAGCUGUCCCUCCUCAGCCUUCCCGUCCCCUCCCCUUCCUGAUCCAAAGAUGGGGCUGGGGUGGAGGGAGGGAAGCCCCCAGGAGGUCCCGAGGACCAACAAGCAUCAGCGCCCAGGCUGCCCAAGCUGGACGGGCCUCAGGGCCGCCUCCUGGACCCCUCCAGGGCCGCUGGCAUGGGCCCAGGGGUGUGGCGGGCCCAGGAGAGACGCUGUAGUGUCCCCCCACCCCCACCCCGACG